UGAAGAAGAAGGUUCUUUAUAUAUAAUGAAUGAUGCGGACGGAAUCUAGUUAGACGGUUGGCGCUCCACGGCCUGACAAGUCGCAAUCAUUUCGAUCAAGCGAAAGUAUCGAGCUUAUAAAAUGCCACCUGUCGCUGUACCUGAUGAGACCCCAAAGAAGCUUCUUCGCGUAGCGAUCAUAGGCCAGAGUUUAUUUGCAGCAGAAGUGUUCAAAUUAUUACAAAGAGACGGACAUGAAGUCGUCGGUGUGUUCACUGUUCUAGACAAAGGAAACCGAGAAGAUCCCUUAGCUACAAUUGCGGCACAAAACGGCAAACCAGUGUUCAAAUAUAAAACAUGGAGAAUCAAAGGAAAGGUUAUACCGGAAGUGCUAGAAGAUUACAAAUCGGUAAAUGCAGAUAUAAACGUUUUACCAUUCUGCACCCAAUUCAUACCCAUGGAAGUUAUUUUACACCCAAAAUAUCAGAGUAUUUGUUACCAUCCCAGCAUCUUACCAAGGCAUAGAGGCGCGUCUUCCAUUAACUGGACUUUAAUAGAAGGCGACACGACUUGUGGUCUGUCAAUAUUUUGGGCAGAUGACGGAUUGGACACAGGACCGAUAUUGCUGCAAAAGAGUUUCCCUUGUACCAUAGACGACACUGUGGACACUUUGUAUAAUAAAUAUUUGUACCCAGAAGGCAUAAAAGCACUAGCAGAAUCGGUGAACAUGGUAGCCAAUGGUACCGCACCACGAAUAAACCAAACAGAAGAAGGGGCUACCUACGACCCCGCUCUAUUUAAACCUGAAACACAUGAGAUUGACUGGUCAAAAGGUGGCGUUAAAUUGCACAACUUCAUUCGAGGCUUGGACUCAUCGCCUGGCGCUACAACUUUAAUUAAAUCACAAAAUAAAGAUGCUGACGAGACCAAAUACAUAGAAGUUAAAUUUUUUGGCUCGUCGCUUUGGGAAGGUGAAUACGAAACAGAAGGUGAAGAACUGCUUAUACCGGGACUAUUGAAACCGGCAGUGGUGCAUGAUGCUGGAUUAUUGAUAACCGCUAAUGAUGGCGUUAGGCUUAACAUUCAAAGGUUAAAGGUAAAUGGAAAAAUGAUCAACGCCCAAAAUUUCUUCAAAAAUAAUGAAAACAAAGUAAUGCUCGAACUAUCACCAGAUGAAAAACAAUUUAUCGAAAACGUGCGCGAUAUUUGGAAGGCAAUAUUGAGAAUUGAUAUAAAUGAUGAAACAGAUUUCUUUACCUCUGGAGCUGGCUCUAUGGAUGUAGUGAGAUUAAUAGAGGAAGUAAAAGAUUUAGCAAAUUUAGAAUUACAAAAUGAAGCCAUAUAUAUGAAUACAACUUUCAAAGAAUUUUAUACAGUAGUAAUACUUAAAGCGAGAGGUGAAUCGGUUAGUAAAGAACUCGUGUUUGAUAGAGUUGAACUAGAAGCUAAUAAAAUGAAAAUAAAAUUCCCAACUCAGCUGUUUAUUAAUGGUCAGUUCGUUAAUUCGGACAGUGGGAAGACGUUAACUAUAAUAAAUCCUACAGAUGAGUCUGUAAUUUGUAAUGUACAAAGCGCUUCAGCUUCUGAUGUGGAUAAGGCAGUAAAAGCUGCAGAAAAGGCAUUCGAAGAGGGAGAAUGGUCAAAGAUAAGCGCAAGGGAAAGGGGGCAGCUCUUGUUCAAGUUAGCAGAUUUGAUGGAACAACAUAAAGAAGAGCUAGCAACUAUUGAAUCUAUAGACUCUGGGGCUGUAUACACACUGGCCCUCAAAACACACGUCGGAAUGUCCAUUGAUACUUGGAGAUACUUUGCUGGAUGGUGUGAUAAGAUCCAAGGCGCUACUAUACCUAUUAACCACGCCAGACCUAACAGAAACCUAACGCUGACUAAAAAAGAGCCAAUCGGUGUUUGUGGAUUGAUAACGCCAUGGAAUUAUCCGCUAAUGAUGCUGUCUUGGAAGAUGGCUGCCUGUUUAGCAGCUGGAAAUACAGUCGUCAUGAAACCUGCAUCGGUAUGUCCUCUUACUGCAUUAAAAUUCGCGGAGUUGUCCGUCCGUGCUGGAAUACCUCCUGGUGUAAUAAACAUACUACCAGGAAGCGGUACUGUGGCUGGACAGGCGUUAGCUGACCACCCUCUUAUCAGGAAAUUGGGUUUUACAGGCAGUACUGAAAUAGGUCAAACAAUUAUGAAGUCAUGCGCAGCAUCAAAUAUGAAAAAGGUCUCACUUGAACUGGGUGGAAAAUCGCCACUAGUUAUAUUCGAAGAUUGUGACCUCGAUAAGGCCGUUAGAAACGGUAUGGCUUCAGUAUUCUUCAACAAGGGCGAAAAUUGUAUAGCAGCUGGUCGUCUGUUUGUUGAGGAGAGGAUACACGAUGAGUUUGUAAAAAGAGUUGUAGAAGAGACAAAGAAGAUAAACAUUGGAGAUCCACUGCACAGAGGGACUGCACAUGGACCACAAAACCACAAGGCUCAUAUGGAUAAGCUAAUUGAGUUUUGUGAGCGCGGUGUAAAGGAAGGUGCCAAAUUAGUAUACGGUGGUAAACGCUUAGAAAGACCUGGAUUCUUCUUUCAGCCUACUAUCUUUACUGAUGUCACAGACAAUAUGUUCAUUGCGAAAGAAGAAUCAUUUGGACCUAUCAUGAUUAUCAGCAAGUUUAAUAGCAAAAACAUCGAUGACAUGAUCCGGCGUGCAAACAACACAGAAUACGGGUUGGCGAGCGGCGUUUUCACUCAAGACGUUUCCCGCGCAUUGCGUUUCGCUGAACGUAUUGACGCUGGCACCGUUUUCGUGAACACAUACAAUAAAACAGACGCUGCAGCGCCAUUUGGUGGCUUCAAGCAAUCUGGCUUUGGAAAGGACUUGGGUCAAGAUGCGCUCAAUGAAUACCUCAAAACAAAAUGCAUUACAAUAGAAUAUUAAUUUAUAUUUUAUACCUACUUCCGCAUAUUGGCAGUACCCACUAUUACUAACCGACAGUAACGAACGUUUAUCAAUAAGCACACACUAUUUAAAUGAUUUACUUAAAAUAAUAGUUACCAAACUGUAUUUCAAUAAUAAUAAAAGUACAUUUAAUAUAAUUUAUGUUAGAUAUUUAUAAGAAAGUUGUAAAUAUAU